UCUGUAGAUCUCUUCUGAUCGUCCUCUGGUCCUCUGAUCUUCGGGCCUUUGGCCUCUGAGCCUCUGACGCCCUCUGCAUGCCACGUCCUCCCCAUAGCUCGCCUGGGGUACCCACGGGGACGGCUACGCCGACCCGGCCAUCGCAUGCUCGUCGACGUCGGCGGGCCCUGCCCGCCCAUAUACAUUCCCAGCGUGCCUCCCUUCCCGGCGGAGCACCCGCGCCGAGGCACAGGUACGCACGAGCGUCCGUCCGUGGGCGGCAUGUGUUUGGUCGAUCUAUCUGGAGAGUCUCUGGAAUCUUGGAGUCAUGGAGCCAUGGAGGGAGCAGCGAGAGGGCCGUUGUCGUUACUGUCAGCGGAGCAGCACGCUCAAGAUAGACUGAGUCAGCGGGUAUACGUCGCUUGUCCGUUGGCUCGUGGCGGACGCGGACAACGACGGGUGCGGUUUGGCGAGGUACACGAGGUACGGAGAUGCAAGGAACUCCUGACUCGGCGCCAGUCGAGCGCUUGGACACGGCGCUGGGUGGACACGGCGCUGGGUGGACACGGCGCUGGGUGGACACGGCGCUGGGUGAACGGCGCUGACACGGCGCGGCGCAAGGUGACGCAGCGCACGACACGGCGGUACGGCGACGCAAUGCUGAUGUCCCAAGCUGCCAACAAGGCCUAGCGCCUAAAGGACGUCAUCUCGAAUAUUGCUCGAACAUUCGCAGGGAGUGUUCAGCCAGGACAUUGCGUCAUGAGGACCUCCCAGCAGGCUAAUCGUGAUCGACUCCAAGGCUGCGCCGCGGCUGCGCUUCGGUAUGCUGCGAUCGCAUGAUCGGAUCGUUUGCAGGUCGCAUGAUCACGCGUGUUCGCAUCGCAUGAUGGUGAUCGUGGUAUGCAGGCCGAUGUGAGUUGCCACUGGGUGGCGUUGCCAACUUUCGAGUGGGGCAGCGUCGCGGCUACUGGGCCAACUCGGGUUAACUGGUUACGGUGACCGUGACCGUGAGUCGUGACGAUCGUGAUGCCGAGACGACAAUGCUCACGUGCAGUUGUG